UAGUACAAACGAUGAAGGGACGUGUAAUUUUUUUCGUUGUUUUAAUUGGUUUGGCUUUUGUCGCCACAGCAUCACUAGAUGAAUCCAGACAAUCAUCAUUAGAAACUAGACUAAAACGGGAAACGAUUAUGGUGAAAUCUCCGAAGGGCUGCGUUUUCUACGAAUGCAUUGCUCGCUGCAGACAGCGCGGCUACCUGUCCGGUGGCUACUGCACCAUCAAUGGAUGUCAAUGUUUAGGAUAAAUACAUUUAGUAUGAAAACCAUGAAUUCCUGGUUGUUGUGUUCAUAAUUGUACAUUGAUCUGUGUUGUUUAUUAAUAAAAUAUUUAUGAAACUGAUU